AUAACGGUCGCCGAAGAAGGAGCGGUUGCGGUGGCGACACGUCACGAUCUCCCGCCACCACACCAGAGUCUUCUUCUACUUCUUCUUCAUGGGCUCUGGUCUCUCUGCCUAAAUCUUGCUACCCAUACACACGACGACAAUGGCUUCUGUUCGGUCGCUAGGGACUCUACUUCCCGUCUCACGUUGUCCUCGACAGGUUCCGCGCUCAGGCAUUGUUAUAUCUUCAAGCUUAGCUCAUCAGAUCACACGGCCGUCCUUCACUGGUACGUCCGUUUACCUCUCCAAGACCAGACCGGAAGGGAUAUGUCCGAAAAGGACAAAACUCGGGAGGAUAAGAAUGAUGGUGAAGCCGACGUUGCAGUUUAUACAGGGAACGGACGAGAUGACGAUACCUGACGUGAGGCUAACGAGGUCAAGGGACGGAACAAACGGAGUGGCCACGUUCACAUUCGAGCAGCCGUCGGUGUUUGACUCGUCGAGCGAGGUGGGUGAGAUAACGGGAUUGUACAUGAUCGAUGAGGAAGGCGUUAUUCAAUCUACGGACGUGAACGCAAAGUUUGUGAACGGGAAGCCGGCCGGGGUGGUGGCUAGGCACGUCAUGAGGACUCCCAAGGAUUGGGACAGGUUCAUGAGGUUCAUGGAACGUUACUCCAACCAGAACGGCUUGCAGUUCGUCAAGAACUGAUCUUUUUUUUUUCCUCUUUUGACCAUGGAAUCAGAGAUUCUAAUCCAAUUUCUCAAAAUCUUUUCGGUAAAUAUUCAUUAAAAGCCCU